AUGGUUACAGAUUUGUAUGACCCAAAAACAUGUGAAAGAAGAGAGAAAGAGAAUAAUCCACAAACACUUGGAGAGUGGUAUACAAAUCCAAAUAUUAUUAAAUAUGGUGAUGUUGAACAUAAAAUUACACAACGUUCAAUUGUAGUUCUUCCAAAAAAGAAGUUAAUGAAAAAUCCAAGAAAACCAACAGACAUAGUAGUUUAUACAGAUUCAUAUUGUUAUUCUGCUUGUUCACUUGUUACAAAAGGAUUAAAAGAAUGGGGAGGAGCUAUUCUUGUUAGAUUUGAUGGUGAUCCAUAUGGUGAAGAUGAUGAUUUUGAAGUAGGAUUAUCACCAACUACUGUUAUUGAUAUAAAUGAUAUAGAUGAAGAUAAUUUAAUUAAACAAUAUGGAUACAAAUUUAGAAUAAGUUUUACAGAAACAUAUAGAUAUAAUUAUGAAUAUAAUGAAAGAAUUCCUAGAGAAUUUUUAACAGAUAUGAUAGAUGAAAGAGUGAAUAUUUAUAGUUACCCUUAUAUAAUUGACAUCUUUGAAGAAGAAACAAAGCAAAUAAGAUGGGGAUAUCAAACAAAAUGUAAUCCAAAUAAUAAAAGAUUAGUUAAAAGAGAUGAAAAAUGUGAUAAAGAAAUUAAUAUAGAACAUGGACAUGGAGGAUAUGAAUGUGGAGAUAAUGGAGAAUGGAGUACUAAAUGUGUACUAUCAUAUUGUGAUGAAGGAUAUAAAUUUGAUUAUAACAAUAAUAAAUGUAUUGAAGAUGUAUGUGUUAAUCCACCAACAGAUGAUGGAACACCAAGCAUGACAGUAAACCUUGUCAUGAUAAUAAUUGGAAUAAUCACAUUAAUUCUCUAA